UUACAGUAUGAGAAGAUCACAAAACUAACUGCCGAUGCCAAGUUUGAGCCCAGCGAUGUUAAAGCCACAGUUGCCGUGCUCAACUUUAUACUGGCGAGCGCAGCCAAGUACGGAGUUAAUGGCGAGUCGUUGUCCAGCGAACUGCAACAACUUGGUUUGCCCAAAGAACAUGCCGCUGCUCUUUGUAAAUCUUACGAAGACAAACAGACUGCCCUUCAGGACAAACUAAAGGAGAGUAGUCUGCGGAUAAACAGGCUGGGCUCGGUGUCGUGGAGAGUGGACUACACACUGAGUUCCAGUGAGCUGAAGGAGGUGAACGAGCCGGUUGUCCACCUGAAGAUUAAUGUCCGGAAUGUGGACACGGGGGCCCUGGAACCCACCGUGGCUUUGGUGUCAGCCCUCAAGUUCAGAGUCUUACUCACAGAACUCAAGCAAGCCCAAGCGCUGAUGAAUGCCCUGAACUAACAACCCCUGAGGUGCAACUUUGUCCCAGGCUGUGAUCCUGCAGGAUGGACAGGAGAUUGGAAACAAAGAGAGUGAAUGUCCUGAUGCUUUUAUAAGGUUGCUGGGGUGGUGAACCCCAGGGGAUCCUGUGCAUUCCAUUUAAGCAUUCAGCCAACAAUGCCAAAGUAUGUUUGCAAGUUUGGUGGAUUAAAACUUGACUAUAUCUUAACCAAGCACUUUGCAGGGACUUGUUUGUGUCUAAUGCAUUAAUCUUUAGCCUCGCUGUGAAAAUAUAACUGAACUAAGCUAGACUAAUGCAACAUCUGCCAUUACAUGCCGUUUAUGUCACAGUUGAAGAUCUUUAGAGUACUGCAAUUUACCGCCAAGUUUAUGCUAUUGUACUGAUUUUCUCUUUUGGUUUUCAGCUCAAAUGCAGAAAAGUUGUUAUUGUGGCCAAACCAGAAUUUAUGCUAAUUAAUUGAUUAAGCGAAUUAAUGGCGGUUUGUGAACAUCAAUUGUGAAAAUAAACUUUUGAAUUUGUCAAA